GCAGUUGAUGUUUAGUUGAGGGUCAGGAGUGUUACCGAGCAAUUGAAGCAUCGUUUAACGCAUUCACAUCAUUCUAAACUUAUUGGAUGCGCAGUAAUAAACCACAACUUAACAAUAACAAAAUGGUUGUCGGUAAAUUGUACAUGUUAGACUUGAGUUCACCUGUAAGGGCCGUUCUCUUAACAGAAAAAGCACUUGGAAUUGAAUUGGAGCAUAUUAACGUUGAUCCAAUCAAAGGCGAACAUAAAACUGCUGAAUAUAAAAAGUUGAACCCACAACAUACAAUUCCACUUUAUAUCGAUGGAGAUGGCACUAUUGUUUGGGAUAGCCAUGCAAUCAUGGCUUACCUAGUCGGGAAAUAUGGCAAAGAUGAUUCUUUGUACCCAAAAGACCUUGCAAAACGCGCUGUGGUUGAUCAACGCCUCCAUUUUGAUAGUGGUAAUAUCUUCGCUAAUUUGCGUGCUAUUGUUUUUCCAAUGUGGUCUGCCGGUGAGAAGGGUCCCAACCAAAAGCAGAUUGAAACCGUGGACACCCAAUACGACUUUCUUAACAAGUUUCUCGCCGGUAAGCUGUGGAUGGCCGGUAAUACAGUGACCAUCGCCGAUUUCAGUCUCAUCUCGUCGGUUUCAUCUCUCAUGUAUGUGGUACCAAUUGAUUCAAAGUAUGGCGACUUGUUGGCUUGGAUUGAACGUUGUGAGCAGUUACCUUACUACGAGGCUAAUGGUAAAGGUGCUAGAGCUUUCAAAGAAUUCGUAAAACCAUGGAUUAUCUAAUAAUCAUCCCUUAAUCUUUAAAUUUGGUUGAAAGAAAGGCAAAAUUAUUUUCCGCAGUAAAUCAUUUUUUAAAACUUCAUUGUGAAGUGGUUCCUCUAUGAUAUUAUUAUUAUUAACGAAGAAUAAAAUGAAAAUUGAAGAA